UUGUAGAAACGAAUUUUAUCAGUGAUAUGCAGUUGAAUCUAUUUUAAUAUCGAGAAAUAAAGAAAUAGUUGUGUAAGAAAAAACACAAAUAUAAAUAAAUUUAAUCUGAUUAAAAUACAUGAUAUUGGUUAUUUUUUGUUUAGAAGCUAUAGAUAAAUUGAUAUGUCAAUAGAAACUUAAUUGAAUAGGUUUUCCUAAAUGUUUGUCUUUUUCUCUAUAGUAGUUCUAAUGAAUAAUAUUUAUUCAAAAACAAAAAAGAUACUCCAAACGAUCAUAGUUCUUUCAUUUUCAUCAAACAUUCUUCAGGAGUAAUGUAGACAACAAUUUGAACUUUAUUUUUAUCAUCAUCUCUUUUUUCUUUUCAUAUAGUUCUUUAUAAUCAAGCUUAAAAACAGAAAUGCCGAAUAUUUUUGUCAAAAAAAAUCUAUAUGAUUUUUCACUGAUAUAAAGCUAUAUGACUAAAGAUAUAGAUAGCAAUGUACUAGGGUUAAGGAUAUAAAUAUGAGAGUUACAACAAAACCGAUAUAGGUAUAUGCCCAAAUCUUUAUCCAUAUAUUUCUUGUCUUUCAUGUCCAUGUAAGAAAAGAGAGGAUAAAUACAUAGAAGCAGAGAUUUGCAAGAAAAAGAUAUAUUAUAUAUUAAAGAAACUCAUCGUAAAAGUUUAAUUUUUUAAAUGAUCCAUUUAUCUUUCUAACCAAAACAAUACUUUUUAAUUAAAUUAGUAAAAUUUUCGUCCAAUUAUUUUUGUAAAAUGUUAACGUUACAUCGAUUAGUUUAAAGAUUAAAAAAAAAAACUAUUGUUUGAUAAACGAGAUAGAUAACACAGCGAAAUUUUUGAAAAUGAUGUUUACUAGAACAAACUUGCUUUCAGUGUGAACUCAACUAAAACAUAUCUAAUCUUGAAAAUUCUAUUAGGUAAUUGAAUGAUUGUUAUGAUCUUUCUAAUAAAGAACUUAGCUCAGUUAUGGACAAAAAGAAAACUAAAUGUCUUAGAAUAAUUUUCAAUACUUUAACUUCUGUUCAUAUCUAAGAUUUUGAUUAAACAGCUAUAUAGACUAUUCGUUUGUAGUUUAUAUGAAAUAAUUAAUAAAAAGAAUAUUUUACGUAAGUGAUUUGUUUCGGUACAAGACCUAAAUCUCAAUUUACCUAUAAUUGAAAUAAUAUUUUAUACUAUUUCUAAAUUUUUUUUUUGUUGUUUGUAUUUAGAUAAAUAUUUAUUCUAUGAAAAAAAAUUAGAAUGUAUAGAAUCAUUAUCAUUGAUCCAAUCGAAACAACUUAUUGAUAUAAUUCAUUAUUUAUAUGAUUGUCGUAUUAUUCAUCGUGAUGUAUGUCCACAAAAUUUAAUGUUAGAUCAUGAUAGUAAUCAUAUAAAAUUAAUUGAUUUUGGUUUUGCAUUUGCAUUUGAUACGGAUAAUAAGGGGGGUAGCAUAGAUAUAUUAGGUCCACUUGCAUUUGCUAGUAAACCAUUUUUAGAUUUGUAUUCAAAAUUAUUAAAACGCCAAGGUUUUCCAUAUUAUUUCUAUGAACGAACUUUUGAUUUAAUAUGUGCCUUAAAUAUUAUAAUGGCUAUGAGUAAUGCUGAUAUCAAACGAACUAUUGAUUCAUUUAUAUAUUUACAAGAUGUUAACGAAUUAGUAUUAAAAUCAUUGCAAUUAUGGAAAGAUACUCGUCAAAAGCUGGAUUCAUGGUAUCCAUUAGAUGAAUCAGAUGGAUCAAAUGAAUCAUCAGUUUCUCAUGUUUCAAAUGAUCAAUCAGCUGAAUCAGAUCAAUCAUCAAUUUCUAAUGUUUCACAAGGACAAUCAGAUCAAUCAGCAAUUUUUGACAUUAUAAAAGAUGAUAUUGAAAAACUUUUCGAUGUGUAAACAGUGAUAUUAAUGCUUUUUUCUAUCUUG